UAAUUUUGCGCCAUUUUGCCAUAUAUUUUAUACAUCUACAUAUUAGAAAUAAAUUCACUAAUAGUCAGUUCAGUAGGUGUUUACAAACACACCUAGAAAACGUCAACAUCUUUGAAACUCGUAUAUAUGUAUAUACACUUGUGCAGUGUGCAAUAUAUAUUGCGACUAUACUUUGCAAAAUAAGAGGUUACAAUCAUCCAGCUAACUAAUUUUACGUCGCAGUUAACGCGAGUCAGCUAUCGUUUAAUGUUGCGCAAAUGGUUUUCGCCAGUGGGAAUCCCUCGGCCGUAGAAAUGCAAUUCUGUGACCAUCCAUGAUUGUUAGUGCAAUGACAGAUGAUACAUUUGAGUUUUGACGUCCGUUGAUUCGAUUUUCAACUAUUUUGACGAUAUGAGUACUACGUGCACUAUGGAGGAGCGAAAGGCUGCCAUGUACUGGCUAGCUUCGAAUCAACAACAAGAAUUUUAUGAAAUUAGCAGUGAUUUCAAUACCUAUAAAGAAGACGAACAUCAAUAUCUUAAGAAUUAUAUUGGAUAUGCCUUGUUUGGUCCACCUGAAUUUAAGGAAGGUUACAGAGAAUAUUGCGAUGAAGCCUUUGUUUAUGAAGAUAAAAGUAAAAUGGAUUUAAUAACCAGCAUAUACGAGAAAAUAGUUGAACAUGGUACGCAACCUGAAAAAAAAGACAUACUGUGUAGUAUAGUAUAUGUAUGCAUGUAUGAGGAUCAACAAUUAUCUAAAUGUGAUGAAUAUCAUAUAAAUGAGCUAAUUAAUAUUAGACCAAUUUUCAAAGUUCAAAAAGCAAUAUUAAAAAAUAAAAACACAGAACUACAAAAUUGGUACAUAGAUACUGAAACCAGAGUUUAUAAAGGAUGGACAGAUUUUCUAAGCAAUAAUAAUUUACCUGCCUGUACUAUGAUUGCCCCAAAAGAUGGAGUGUAUCAAGCAGAUCUCAAAGAACUUUGGUCCGAUAAAACUUCCAAAGUUUGGGUCGAGACACAUAAUAAUAAUGCAAAUUCUAAAUAUGCAAGUGUAGUUGAUGUAGCUGCUUCAGUAGCAAAUUUUGGAUGUUUAGGCAUUGGCGUAGCAGCUAUGUUUAAUCCUAUAUCAGCUCCAUUUGCAAUAGCAGGAGCUGUAAGUGGAGGAUUGUCAGGAGCAUGGGGAGGGUUUAGAUCAGUACAACAUCUAAUUGAUAGAAAAUCCCAUGAUCAGUCAAUUGCAGAUAAAGAAGCUGUUCCAUCUUGGCUUGGAGUAGUAGGCAGUACAUUUGGCUUGGCUGCUAGUGGUGGAUCAGCUCUUCUUUCCAGAGCAAUAAGAACAGGAUCUAGCAUAGGAAAAGGAGCACAAAUAGCACAUGAUGCUAUUAUGAUUGGUAAUGUAGUAAUUAAUGGCAUUGGCAUAGGAUAUACUGGAGCCGGUGUUAUUUACAAAUAUAAAGAAACUGGAGAGAUAUCUGCCAGAGAUAUAUUUUUCUUGAGUACUCAUAUCUUUUUUGUUUGUAAUUCUGCAAUAAAAUUUAAGUUUGCUUCUGAAAUUAUUACUUCAGAUCAGAAACAAAUUUUACAAGAUUAUGAAGACAGCUUACGUAGUAAUAGGCAUAGAAAAGAAUUUCGUCGUUUAGUAAGAAAUACAGGAAACAAAAUUUUAAAUGAAGUUGAAAGAAAUGAACAAAUAAUUAGGUCACUAACAAAAAUUAAUAACAAAGAUGACUUUUUUGCAACUUUGGUCAGAAAUAGAAAAGUUUUUGCAAGUACUGAUGCUAAAGUAUCAUUUGCAAAUGGACAAAUUCAGAUAAAUGAUGUAACUUUAAUUAGUCCAUCUGCUUUAACUAAUAUGUCAAAGGAAGGAUUAUUUUGUUUGAUUAAUCAAACUCCAGUUAAUCCACUUGGUGGAGAGACAAGCACAAGUAUGUUUUCCAGUAUAAAAUCGAAAUCUUCCUUCGGCAUGCCCGCACCAGUUUUACGCGCUGGAAUAGAUAUUCUCAAAAAUUUUUAUGUUAAACAUUCAAUCAAUUCAAAUGAGGAACCAUCUGAACCAUCUAAUUAUCAAGAAAUAAUAAAUGACACUCAAAAUCUCCAAGAACAAUCUAAAAUAAUGGAAUUAGUAAUGGAUGCUGGUUUAACUAUAGUAAGAAAGUACACCUCUGGAAACCUAUGUGAAGAUGCACUAUUAGCUGAAGCUACUCACUAUCUUUGGAAAGUUAUUAAAAUGAAUUUGUCAGAAUAUCUUCCAGGAGUUGAAGUUUUUGAAGAAACAUGCAAAAGUACUAUCAUGAAAGUAGUAAAAGGAGUUUCAGCCUUAGUUAAAAGUAGUGUCCAUGAAUGGGUUGAAGCAUUUAAGGCUUACAUGAAUAAACCAACUCCAGAGAAUACAAAUGACCCUAAUUUUGCCGAAAAAAUGGAAAUUGAUGAGUCAGAAAAUCAAGAAACUAAGGAAAAAUUCGGAAUAAAACACUACAAUGAUUUAGAACUUUUGGAUCCGAUUGAAGUUUUAUCACUUCCAAAUGACGUUUAUAAUAUCAUUGUUGAGCAAGCAUUGAAAUCUACUGGUUCAAAAAUGGAAGAAGUAAAUAAAGAAACAAAAAAUAUGAAGAGGCUUUGCGAAAAUGAACUCAACGACUUUUUUUCUAAACAUCCAACGAACAUAGAUUUUAAAUUAUCAGUUUUAAGCAAGGAUUUAAGUGGUAUAUUGAAUGAUAUUGAAAUUUUUGAAAAUAAUAAUAUUAUUUUCUAUAAAUUAAUAGUUAUAUCAGUCAACAUAACUCAAGGAAUAGAUAAUGAUAAAACUUUGACAAAAGAAAGGCUUGUAAGUGUUAUGAAAUUCUUAUGGACUUUAAUCGUUCUAAAUUUUUCAGAAAAAUUACCGAACAUCAAUAUGCUCGACAAAGAGCAUGAGAGCCUAAUUAUGAAUAUCAUUAUAGGUAUUUAUAAAUACCAAAUCGAUCAAUCUGAUAAAUGGUCACGUGCCUUUCACACCUUUAGGGUAAAUUAUGCUGAGCAAUGAUUAAACUUUGCCUAUUUAUGCCACGCACAAGUGAUGGAUGGAUUUAUAGCCUUAUAAAAUAGUUUUAGCUAGAGAAGAAUAUAAAAAAAUUAACUUUAUUGUAGUAAGAAUGUUAAAAUUUGCAAUUCGAGUGUUUGAUUGUGUGAUAUUGGUUUUAAAAAUUGUUUUAAGAAAUGUCGAAUUGCCGUCCGAAAAUUAUUUAAUUCGAGUAAAUUUUUUUUUAAAUAUGUAUCAUAUCAAUAGGUACUAUUAGAACAUAAACGAAAAAAUGUCAGUGAGCUUUAAAAUGUAUCA